CACAAAAAUCUAUCUUACCUGUACCUUCGUUGUCAAUUAGCACCAUUCCUCUCUGUCAUAUUAUAAAUACGCCCGCCCAUCUUCAGCUUCAUAAUUGAUUCAAAUCAACCUACUUUUAUUGUUUUUACGUUAAUUACUUAUGGCGUCUGCAAAUGGGGUUGUUUUCGAGGAUUAUUUUCCGGCCAUGGUGGAGAAAUUGGGAGCUGAGGGGUUCAUGCAGGAGCUUUAUAAUGGGUUUCGGUUGUUGAUGGAUGAAGAGAAGGGGGUGAUAACUUUUGAGAGCUUGAAGAAGAAGUCGUCGUUGCUUGGCUUGCAGGACAUGAAUGAUGAUGAAGUGAAGUGUAUGUUGAAAGAAGGCGAUGUUGAUGGAGAUGGAGCUUUGACUGAGAUGGAGUUUUGCACUCUCAUGUUCAGGCUGAGUCCUGAUUUGAUGAAGGGUUGCAGAAAAUUAAUUUUAGAAGCUCUUGUUAAUGACUUUUAGAUUUUACUUUAUUUUUAGGUUUUUCUUUUUGUUUCUCUGUCUUAAUCUACUAGUAUGUGUUAAUGCAUGUCCUUGGUACUAUAAAUCUCUUCUCUUCAACAA